GGUCCCAGAAUGGUUCAAAUACGUGCAGAACUCACCGAAAUCGAAGAUGCCAUUCUUAAAUAGGCAGCUUGACAAUAUGACAGCCACGCAAGCAACUUUCCUUUUUUGCACUCUAUUGCAGGCCAUUUUUAUCGAAGGUCAAAUAAUCGCGCCCGAGCCCCCGGAGUUCUUGGCCCCUUUGGAGAAUCACACAGUCACUCAGGGACGGGAUGUCUAUUUCACAUGCGUUGUUAAUCACUUGGGCAGUUACAAGGUUGCCUGGAUAAAGUCUGACACGAAAGCUAUUUUGGCAAUACACACUCAUAUGGUGGCUCAGAAUCCUCGUCUUUCAGUAACACACAAUGGACACAACACGUGGAAACUACACGUAUCUGAUGUACAAAAGAACGAUUCAGGCACGUAUAUGUGUCAGAUAAACACCGACCCCAUGCGAAGUCAGAUGGGUAAUUUGGCAGUUGUAAUAUCCCCAGACAUAAUAGAAGAUGAAGAAUCUUCCGACGGAAUAGCGGUAGAAGGCGGUACAGUUCGACUCAACUGCAAAGCUUCUGGAGUUCCGGAACCAACAGUUAUUUGGAGGAGAGAAGACACCCAGAAUAUAGUACUGAGGCCGGAGGGUGGCAGAGAGAAACAAGGCUACAUGAAUACCAGUUUACUUUUCACCAAGAAAAAUGUUUCACAAUCAAUUUUGCCUAUCGAUGUAGAAGCGAAAUAA